CGCCGGUGUGUUUCCGCGGCAAGAUGGCGGCGUGCGGCGGCGGCGGCGCGGUGCGGCUGCGGCUGCUCUUCGACUUCCCGCCGCCGGGCAGCCCGGGCUGCGCGCUCUGCUGGCUGCUGCUGGAGCCCGCCCAGGUGCGCCUCGUCACCGACCUCAUCAGCCUCAUCCGCCACAGGUUCGGCUUCAGCCGGCGGGCCCGCCUCAGCCUCUUCCUGGACGGAGCCUUGCUGCCCCCAACGGAGAGCGCUCGCUUGGUGCGGGACAACGACUCGCUCCGAGUGAAACUGGAAGAGGUCGUUGCAGAUGAGUGUGAAGAGGUCGAUGAUGACUUCUCUUAUACACUAAAAGAAGCCCCAAAGAGGCACAGACCAAAGCCCAAGGAAGAGGAAGGGAUCUCUAGAAGUGAAGACAACAGGCAUAAAAAGGAAAAGAAGAAGAAGAAAUGUAUUCCUGAGUAUUCCUCUUACCAGGAAGAGACCUCUGUAGAUAUUUGGGAUUCUCACAAAAGGUACAGGAAAAGGAAGAGGAAGGAAGAAGCCAGCGGGAGAAAUGGACUCCCAGGAGGCAGGGAGGAGCGCUCUGCUGGCCACUCUAACAAGCUGAAAAAGAUGGAAAGGGAGAAACAGCUGGCAGCAAAAAAGGACCAUGGAAAGCAGGCAGAGGCUGCUACAGCCACUGUGGCUUUAGAACAGGCAAAUGGCAAAAGCAGCACCAAAAAACCCACACCACAGUCCAGAAGAAAGAGGGCAGGAUCUUCAGAUUCCUCCAGCACAUCGUCUGACAGUGACAGCAGUGAAGCAACCACAAAGCAAAAGACAUCUCCCCAUACAGCUGCAGUGGCAGCACUUCCCAAAGGCAAAUCCCAAGCUGCUGCCAGUGCUGGAGUGAGAACUGUUGUCUCUAAUAGAGUGGCUGUGAAGGCUAACACGGACCACGCCACAAAGGCUGCAGGCAGUGACAGUGCUAAACAAUCCCAGGCUGCUGGCUCGGCUUCUGACUCCAGUGCAGAGGAGGAGAAAGUGGCAGCUGCACCAGGCAAGGAAAAGUCACUGCCUGACAAGGUGACAGCUGUGAAACCCAGAGCCACCAAGGCUGCCGGAGCAGAGAGCUCCUCCUCAGACUCUGAUAGCUCGGACUCAGAUGCUCUUGUUAUCAAAAAACCCACAGCAAGUGCUGGGCUGAGUAGUUCCCUAGGGAGCUGCACUAAACAGCUGCCAGCCACCACUGCCAGCAGCUGCCAAGCACCACUUGCCAGCCAAGGCCGGGGAAGGGGGCGUGGAGCAGGAGAUGGCUUCUGGAGAGCACCUAGGGGCCGUGGGUUUCGUGGCAUGACGUGGGGCCAGGGCCGUGGGAGGGGAGCCAACCCUGGCUUCUUCUAUAACUACAGCAGUGAAGGCCAGAAGCAGCAGGGGCACUUCAGUGAGGCUGCGACAAAGGCUUCUGUUCUUGCCCAGGAUCCCGUGGAGGUCCCCAGGAGAGAUUACAGUGUUUUGCCUCUUCUGGCUGCUCCACCACAAGUGGGAGAAAGAAUUGCCUUUAAGCGCUUGGAGCUAACUGAAAAUUACAGUCCUGAAGUUUCAGACUACAAGGAGGGGAAAAUCAUCAGUUGGAAUGCUGAGAAGAAACAGAUCGAGCUUGAGAUCCUGUCGUCAGCUGCAGGACAGUCUGCUAAAGAGCCAGGGAAAUUCGAUCUGGUUUACCAGUCUGCAGAUGGAGCAGAACUGAUAGAAUAUGCUGUUCCUCAGGAUACAAAGAUAACCGAGAGCUGGGAUGCACUGAUUGAACCAAGGCUGAUUGUUGAGCCGCCGGUUAACGGCUCCAGCGUUGCAAAUGGAGCAGUCUAAGAUGUGGAGAACUGUCACUCACUGCACAGCUGUGGUCAGUGGACUGCUGCUGCUGCCUGCUUCUGGGGCUGCAGAUGAACUGGUGGAUGUUUUUAAUAAACAGUUUUAAGAGGAAGCUGGACAAAAGAAAAAGAAACCCUUCUUAGGACAUGUGCUGUCAUACAGGAAUACCUUCUGAUGGGAGCUGGAGUCACAGUUUUUACACCCUGCUGCUGUGAGCUGCAGAAGUGGAAUGGUUUGGUGAAGGAGGUGAACCACAACCUUGUACUGCCAGUCACUCCACGGAGAUGUCUGGGUUAGGCUGGAGCCAUGGAAGUGCCAUACAGAGGGAGUCUGCUGUAAGAGUAAUGAAAAGCAGCAUCUAAAAAUGAAGUGCAAAUCUUGUUGAUGUCCACAUCUCUUCCUCUGCAGGUGCAGAGCAUGAGACAAAUGCCACGACCUUGCUGUUGGUUACAGGGCUCAUCUGUUGGGAAGAGCUUGUGGAUGUCAAGAGUUCUAUGAUUUCAAGAGGGACAAAGAGUACAAUUGCUAACUCUCAUCUUUGCCUGGAACCCCUGGAACGUUUCACCUAUACCCCUGUGCUUCCAGCACAAAGCUGUUAUGUAUGUAGCAUAGUACAGGGUCAUGGGUGGUCAUGUCACCUUCCUGAGAGGGCUUUGUUAUGACUUGCUCUUCAAAUUCUGGUGAGGAGAGCCUGAGGGAACUGGGAUUAUUCAGCUUGGAGGAGACUUAGAGGGGACCUUAUGACUCUCUACAACUACCUAAAAGGAAGCUGUAGUAAGGUGGGGGUCAGGCUCUUCUCCCAGGCAUCUAGUGACAAGACAAGAGUGCCUGGCCUGAAGCUGCACCAGGGGAGAUUAGGCACUGGAGUGGACUGCCCAGAGAGGUGUUGGGGUCACCAUCCCUGGAUAUCUUUAAGAAAAGGUUGGAUGUGUCACUUGGUGGCAUGGUUUAGCUGAUGUCAUGGUGUUGGCAUAUAGACUGGACUUUAUGAUCUCAGAUGUCUUUUCCAGCCUCAAUGAUUCUGUGAAUUUAAUGUGAAUCCCUGGAAGAACUGUCCUGAAACCUGUUUGUUUGCUUGUUUGUUUUAAAGCAAACCCCUUUGCCCUUUAAGUGCUGAGGUUUCUGUGCUUUCCUCUUCCUGGCAGCAGAACUGGUCACAGGGUGGUGGCAGUGCACUUUGCUGGCACCUCUGCUGGUUAGGAGCAUGGAGGUGGCCCCUCCUACCCCCGCAGCACUUGCAUCUUGGCAAGUCUUACAGCUCAAGAUGGUUGUGUCCUGGGCAGUUGACUCUUAAAGAGAAGGCAUGGGGGCAAAAACAGAAUAAAAUCAGUUACAAGUGAA